UUGCAGCUGAUCAUCACUCUUCAUCAGAGGAACUCUGACCUUCUUUAAUUAUUAAUUCUCUUCUCUUCUGUCCUCCUUGCACUUUUUCUUUGGAGAAGCGAGGACACAAAGUUCCCUUUUUUCGAAAGUUGGACAUAUAUGGAGUCUCUUCACAGCGUUUCGCUCACCUGCUCCUUCAUCGAUUUCUGUGCAUCCUUUAUCUGAGCGGAAACUGAGCCCUCCGGAGAAGGAACAGGAUUUCACCCUGUAGAAAGCCAUCAAACACUUUUCUCAUCCGCAGCUUCCUUUCAUUUGAGUUUGUGGAUGUAACUUUUGUUCACUUGCAGGUGAUUCUCUAAGGUCCUGGAUUUUGGUUCUUCUUCCCGAUGGUCCGAUUUUACUCUGUUCCUUGACGGUCCGAUCUGUUGUUGAGCUGAAUACUGAACUGGUUUGCCAACUCCAGAGGCACUUUUAGGAUGUCCGGCUGUGCCAGGCGCUGCAAACAUGGCUUAGUGAAGUUUGCUCUUUCUGUGAGCAAACUGGUGACGGGAACACUCAUUAAAGAUAAGGUGGAUGAUGAUCUGGAGCUGUCCAUGGUGUGUCACCGUCCCGAGGGUUUGGAGCAGCUGGAGGCUCAGACGAACUUCAGCAAGAAAGAGCUGCAAGUGCUCUACAGAGGCUUUAAAAACGAGUGUCCCAGCGGUGUGGUCAACGAGGAGACGUUCAAACAGAUCUACUCUCAGUUCUUUCCUCACGGCGACGCCAGCACGUACGCACAUUACCUGUUCAACGCCUUCGACUCGUCCAACAACGGAUCCAUCAAAUUCGAGGACUUUGUAACGGCUCUGUCCAUCUUGUUGAGAGGAACAACAACGGAGAAGUUACAGUGGACCUUCAACCUGUACGACAUUAACAGAGACGGUUACAUUAAUAAAGAGGAGAUGACUGAUAUAGUGAAAGCCAUAUACGACAUGAUGGGCCGCUUCACGUAUCCCGCUCUGAAGACAGACACUCCCAAACAGCACGUGGAUGCUUUCUUUCAGAAAAUGGACAAGAACAGAGACGGAGUCGUCACUCUUGAUGAGUUUAUUCUCUCCUGUCAAGAGGAUGAAAACAUCAUGAGAUCAUUGCAGCUCUUUGAGAACGUGAUAUAGAGCUACACAGCAAGAAAGAAUCCAAUGAACUGUUGAAUCGGAUCAAAAAAAAAAGAAAGGAGGAAUAACUUUUACCCCAAUCGCCAUGGUUACAGUUUGACAUCCCCGUGUUACCAUGGCAACGUGUCGACUGUUCGAUUUACAUCUCUGGAAACCUGCGUGUCCUUUAAACCCCGGUGUUUGACCUCGUUCUGUUGCAGAUGUGAAAUGUAUAUGUCUAUAACCAAAAAAGGUAAGCCUACUAGUUAAAAGAGCAUGUCAGUAAUUGUGUGUCAAAGGCCCAGCGGGUUUCCAAGAGGUCCUGUAGCCAGCUGAACUCUUUCCAUGGGACUGAAUAUACUGUGAGGGAAUCGAAAAUACAACACUAACCUAUUUACGGUGAAUUUUGGGGACAUUUUUCAUCCGAUACGCUCGACCUGUGAUAGUUCUCCAGCUAAUGUGCUACAGAUAUUCAUCCUGAGACCAUUUUUCGGUGUCUGUCAUUAAUGUAGAAUCCAGUAAUAUAACCAGUGGUUUUCUCAUGUUCUGACCCAUCGGCAGUCAUUUAACCCGCUUUGAACAAGUUGCUUGUCUGCUGUGUGUGUAUUUGACGGUAUUCGUCUCGUUCUGGUGCACCCUGACCAUCAGUGCUUGCUUUGCAUUAUUAGUGUUAGGCUGUAUCCGUCACUCGUCUCUUGUCGCCUCGUGAUCGCUCUUAGCUCCGCCUACUCGAAUAUCUGCUUUCUGAUUGGUCUUUGUCUGUCAGUCAGCGUCACCAGGAGAUCUGAUAUUUCACCCCAGUAUCCUCAAUAUGUGGUUGUAAUUAAUAAAGUAGAGUGAUCUUACUUAAAUACGCAUAAAGGCAGCAAAUGUCUCAUUUCUAACGAUUUUGGGGUGAAAUGUGACACACUGGCUUCGGUGCAGACGGCCGGCGCUGAAGCAGACUUCAGCAGUCACUGUAUUCGUCUUUGUUCGUGUCCAAUUCAUGUAAAACCGCUUUUUGUUUUAUUGCGUUAAAGCUGUGAAUUGCCAAAACCUAGUACUGUUUUAUGCAGCCAUAAUGCCACCUUACUGUGACGUAAUUCAAGAGAGCAAAGAAUGAAUAUAUGAAUUAAUAAUUAAAUCAACUGAAAGACAGGAAA